CGGCGAGCUGUAGCCAGAAGAGUUAGGCUGCCAUUUCUGCCAUAUUUUAUAGUCCAUAGACAUACCAAGACCUGCCCAAACCUUCUAUCCCUGCCACCCGCCCCCUGUCGUGUCGGCCCGCCAAACUUGAGGCAUUGCUUCCGCAAACAACGGGCCUUAGCGUCAUUACACGUCAUAUUCAUUAUAGACACCUCAUCAUCAUCAUCAGCCGGCCAGUCGAGCACGAGAAUUCAUUCGCCAUCCCCGGCCAAAUCUCGUUCGUCGACUAUCAACGAUCCAUUUGUUCCCGGCCACCCCAUUGCCAUACACCAUACACGCCAGCCACACCUUUGCUACCCACCAUUUCCCUUUCUCCGACACAUCCAUUCGCAGUGAGUCUUCGGCCGUCCGAUCACUUCGCCAGGCAGAGAAAAUAGUAAAAAAUCACCGACGUAUAUUUUACACCCGCAUCAUCUUUUUUUUCAUCGACACAAUCACUCAUACCAUCAUCCCGUCCUUUGUUCCAUCAGCGUCACGCCAGACAUUAUGGGUCGACAAGCUCCCCCGACGUUAUCAGAUUUUCCAUCUGCCUCUGAACCUCGUAGUCCGCCGCCUGUCGACCCCCUUUCCCCUUCCCCGACACGAUCACCUGCCGCCUCCUCACCUUUUCGUUCCCCAAGCCGUCCGUCCCCUGCAAGCAGAUCAUCGUCCGGCUUCUCUUUGCCAGUUCAGCAACCAACUCCUUUAGCAACCACGAACACCGGCUUCAGCUCCCCUUGGGCUGCUUUGGCUGCUUCUUCAGGUGCACCCACUCCGUCAUCGGAAGUUCCGAUGGGAAGAAAUAGUCCUCAUCUUGGAUCUCCAUUCGAAAGGCUCAAUAUCGGCGGUGGUGGCAACAACAGCAGCAGCAUGUUACGGGACGACAGUCCUAGAAUACAGUUUGGAGAGUCAUUGGCAUCUCCAUUCGAAGGACAGUUUAGUCACGCAGCGCCGGCAAUGUCUUCGCCAACAAGUAAUAAACAGGCGUCGACCGGCGCAGCACCUCCCAUCCGAGGAGGAUUGAGUGCAGAGACACUCAUGCGGUAUAAGGCUAUAGCAACGAGUGCCGGCAAGCCAGAUAUAGGCGGUGAGCCAAAUCCUUUGGCAGCGGCUGCUAGAAAAAAGAAUUCCCUCCCUACAAAGCUUUCUUCAGCAAGUCUAGGCGCGUCAACCCCGCAUUCAACCAAAUCGCCAAGUCCUCUGGCGUCAAGCGUUAGCGGUUCUCAGUCCCCCGGUGGCAUGAAGCCGCAGAUGAUUGCACCCACUGAUCUAGCAAAACUCUUGCCCAAUUCUACUACUCUCAUUCUUGAUGUACGGCCACCUUCGUCAUUUCAGUCAUCGCAUAUUCCCUCUUCUCAUUCGCUACCAAUUCCCUCUACUCUGCUUCGACGUCCAGCUUUCACAUUGAAUAAACUCACGCAGAUGCUUUCACCACAUUCAAUGCAAGAAGUAUCGAAGUGGCGUGAAAAGAGUGAUAUCGUCUUGGUUGAUGCUGACAGUGGUAGCGCUCCAGACGGAGGGGUAUUGGAUGGACUUGCUGGGAAAUUCGGAAGAGAAGGAUAUUCGGGUAGACUGUGGUUCGUCAAAGGAGGUCACGCUGCGAUGAAGUUGAGCGGCGCUUUGCCGUUGGUGUCAGACGAUGAUGAAGGGCCCCAGCCUCAACAGGGCGCGGCCGCUGCCGGUGCUCAGAAAGGUUUGAUGGCAGGUAGAUUAGCAUCUUUAGCCUUCUCGCAUGAGUCAACCACCAGAGGCAAAUCAUCAGGACGCCAACCACCUCCCAAGGGUCUCACUAUCCCACCCACCCCUUCUUUGAAUUUCCAAUCCAAUCCCUUUGGUUCUUCCUUUCCUUUGACUACUGCUGUUAGCGAACGCCCAGCUGCUUUGCAUCGGCUUGACAAGGGUCCGGUCACAACAACCGGCAUGGCCGACUCCACACAGGCAAAGUUUCAGCCUGCAAAUCCAUUCUUCGACAACAUUCGUCAAAACCUCGAGUUAUCCCACGGUGGCAUUACCGAAAGAAUACCGCUCAAUUUACCCGAUUCUGUACGGGAACGAGCUGACCAAUUCCCUGAUUGGUUGCGCGAGCUAGUCACUAUGCCAGAGCAGGACAGUAUGGAUAAGCUCGCCCAUCAGUUUUACCAAUUGGAGCUGCAUGAACAGAAGCGACUGCAGGCUAUCAUGGAGUGGCAUGCCAAAGGUUCUGGAGCUCUUCUGCAACCAGCUGUAGGGUAUGACGAGCAAAUCCUCAAGAGUGCUAGUGAGAGGAAGGGUUGGGAAUGGGCUAUACAGCGAGAAAGCGAUUUAAAUGAGUUGAAAAGGUUGAUGAACUGGGAACGGGGAACUGAGGACAUCGAGUACUUCCCGUUCUCUAUCACCGCGGGUGUUGAGAGGGGUACUAAAAACAGAUACAAGAACAUCUGGCCGUACGACUUCUCUCGUGUUCGUCUUGACUCUCCGCCUGACCAGGAUUCUGACUACAUCAACGCAUCCUUUAUUCAACCCCGAGGCACUUCUCGACGAUAUAUUGCCACUCAAGGUCCAUUAGAUGCCACAUAUCGAGACUUCUGGACCCUUGUCUGGGAACAGAACGUUAGGAUAAUUGUCAUGAUUACGAAACAGUUUGAAGGCGGAUUGAUCAAGUGUGGCAAUUACUGGUGCGAGGAGCGAUAUGGGCAUAUAAAGCUGCAAUUGAUCAGCCAGUCUGGUGGGGAAGAUACUGCGCUUCCGGCCGCGAACUCUGGAUUUGAUUUUGGAACAGCAGGAGCGACCCCCAAGUCUUCCAAAUUCCCUCAAGAAAGUGACUCCAACAUCAAACGGGUAUUCCUCAUCUCCCGCGAUGACAAGCCUGAUCAACCGCCGAGAAAGAUCGUACAGCUUCAGUGCAUUGGUUGGCCUGACUUUGAUGUGCCAGAGACGCCGGACACGUUGCUCAAAUUGAUCCAGGAAGUCAACGAUGCGGCGCACGAGGCCAAACCAGAGGGUUGUUACAGGAAAGCUGACGAGCCGCCUGUCUUGGUACAUUGCUCUGCUGGUGUUGGACGGACAGGAAGUUUCAUAGUGGUGGACGCUAUCUUGGAUGGCCUUCACCGAGACUUUUCUCAGCGUAGUGCCGCUGAAGCUCGGUCUGCGGAUGGGCCUGCACGUCUUCCCGAAGUCAUAUCGCCACAGCAUUCUAGCUCUGCAACUCCUGCUACUACCCUUUCAGCAGUUGCAUCGCCUGAACCUGUCAGUCAAUCCUUCGACUUGGGUGUUUCUAGUACAUCCGUUGCCCCUCAGCUUUCAGGGUCUCCUGGUACGAUACCUACUCAACCAGAGCAUCAAGUCGCUCUCGAUUUUUCGUUCCCACCCAAAAAACGGGGUAGUAAUGAAACAAUGGAAGUCGACCCUCCCAAGGCCGCUAACAGCGCCGAUGAUAGGUUCAUGAUGUACAGGAUGGCGUCUGAAGGUACGAGUGUGUCGAGCGACACCGAUACAAGAAGGCCCAGUCUGGUAUCUGUACAAACAUCCUCUGAUCGAGUUUCUUCUGAGUCGAUACCCGGUCGCUUGGCUGACCCUGAGCCCGUUACUUCCCUCAACCGACCUCGGCGCGAACCUUCUCCACUUUCUAAGAUGCGUGACCCAGUGUCUUGUGUUCUUGAAAGUAUGCGGGUCCAGCGUAUGUCCCUUGUGCAAACAUUACGGCAGUAUUUGUUCGUGCAUCGAGCUAUCAUACACCAUUACCUCCAUAUGCUCGACCACAAUCAAGUGAAAGAAAGGCCUAAUCCCUCUCCUUUACAGAAGCAUGUUCCUUCCGUGGGCUCAUCCGUUUCUGGUUCGGCGAUUGGGUCACUCGGGUCAAUAGGUACCUUAAACUCGGGUUCCGGAUCUUAUACCGACUCGCUUAGCACAAACUCUCCGGCUGAUCUGACAAAAGGGAGUGUUGACGAAGACUCGCAUACGAAACGUCGAGCCAGCCCAACCGAACUUCAUCCUGAUGUGAGACUAGGUGGGGAAGGAGGAUCCGAGCUGUCCAAACGACCGAGUUUCAAGAAAAUGAAGCCGGGAACUACUAGCGGGCGAAUGGGGAGGAAAUCGAGCGCGAUGUGGAAGGGUAUGGAGGAGGAAGCUGUGGCUGAGGAAGCUGUAACGGAGGAAUUAAAAAAUUAGAAAAGGAAUUAACCAUCCUAACAACCACUCAAAUCUCGAACUUUACAUAACAGUCAUCAUCCCCUACAUAACGAACGCUUUUAUCACAGGACACUUUAUUACAUUCAAGGUUUCCCCGACGUUCGACAUAAUAACACCUCCCUUUUCGACCAAAAGUCGAAUGAGAUGUUUCAUCAUAAUCCUUUCCGGUGUUUCAGAGACUACAUACAAAUCAUGACAUUACAGCAUUUGGGGUUAGACGGUUUUGCAGAGAUAUCCAUCCGAACGUUGUUUUGCUAGAAGAUUGUGAGAUCAUGAGAUUAUAAGACCAUGAGUUUCGAUACAAAGCCGAAAAGGCUCAUAGUGUAGCUAUAUUUUAUCAUGUUUGAACAUUGGGGAAAAGUGAGAUCAGAAGCAUGCAUAAGAG